UCACUGCUGGGCACUGACUGGCGGCACUGCUAGGCAUUAACUGGCGCAACUGCUGGACACUGACUGGCUGCACUGAUGGGCACUGGUGGGUGGCACUGGUGGGCACAUGUGGGUGGGCACAGGUGGGUGGCACUGUUGGGCACAGGUAGGUGGCACUUCUGGGCACAGGUGUGUGGCACUGCUGGGCACAGGUGGGUGCACUGCGGGCACAGGUGGGUUCACUGCUACGCACAAGUGGGCGCACUGCUGGGCACAGGUGGAUGGAACUGGUGGGUGGCACUGCUGGACACCGAUCAUCAGGGCACUGAUCAUCAGUGCCCUGAUGAUCGGUGCUGAUCCCUGCUCUGACAACUGCCGGUUCUCAGCAGUACUUUCCUCACGCUCUGACAGCGUGAGGAAAGUGCAGCCGAGAACUGGCAAUUGC